GUUCGGCGUGGACUCUCCGGAAUCUACAUAUACAGCAUAAUGGAGAAGCCGGCGGAGUUUCCUACCGUGGAAAUUGUUCAAAUAAGGGUGGUUUUCAAGCUCCAAAAAUUGUUCAAUUAUAUGGCAAUAUCGGACAGCCAACAGAGGAUCAUGCCAGUAGCAGAAGAUCGAAACCCAGGCCGCUGUCAGGUUCUUGCUUACAAAGAAGCUGUUUUGUUGACCAAUCCUACUAACCCCAGCCUCAGGGGGCAG